CCAAACAGACCUAUAAAUAGUAAUAUUUUUAUUUUUGAUGAUGAUGAGUCAAAAUUUGUGUGCUAAAAGGUAAAAGGAAACAAACCUAUUAAAAUCAUAGGUAGAGAUGAAAGGUAUAUCAAUUAAUGAGAUGUUCAAGGUAUUUGGCUCACAUUUAUCAAACGGCAUAUUGAAAAUGAUUGUGGAAUCCUUUUUAUCAAAGUUGCUGAACCAUAAUGGAAAAGUGUUUUAUGAAGUUACUGGUAUGAUAGAAGAGGCAUAUCCCAAUCAUAACAAGUUCAUCAACAAAAAAAUUGAAAUGUUUGACGAAAUGUCUCUUGUGUGUGGAAAUGAUCGGGUUAGGGGAGAUUGUGCUAAAUCGUUUGAAGAUAUAGAUUUUGAUAGUUUUUCUGAGAAAGAUAAUGAUAAUGACCUUGAAGGACCAUCCAUCGAAAAGGAUGUGCAAGUAACCGAAGCUUCUCAAAUCAAGGCAAGUCGCAAAAGAAAACGUUCUUUUGAGGUGCAAGAUGUUGUAGGUGAUAUAUCAAUAAAGUUUGAAGAAGUGGCAACGACAAUCGGUAGAAUGGUUGAUAGUCGUCUAGAUGUGGCGAAGUUGUAUGAAGAAGUUAUGGCAAUGGAAGGUUAUAAUGAAGAGUUCCUCGGCGAUGCUUUUGAUUAUUUGGUGCAAAGCGACACUUUAGCUAAGGCAUUCGUGGUCAAAAAUCAAAAUCUUCGUAAGGUGUGGUUGGAACGAUUCAAGCAACAACAAUAGUGACACCUAUUGGUUAGUUUAGCUUCGUAGGAUUUGGAAACAACUAUUAUUCACACGCUUUUAUUUUUGAUGAUGUAUCGUGUAUUUGCUUCCAAACUUCUAUUUUUUCUUUCAUUUUUGAUAUGUAUCUCGUGUAUUUGCUUCCAAACUUCUCUCUUUUGUGCAUUUGUGGGAAUUGAUUAGGAAGCAUGAAUUAUGUAAGUAAUAGUUGCUUAAUUUUAGCAUCUUGUAAUAUUUUGAUACUUGAUAUUUGUAUUAUUUGCUAUGGUUAAAUUAGUUCCGACAGAAUAUUGAGUUGCUUGA